UACGGAUCGUAGGGUCUCUAUAACCAUGUUCAUCUUAGCAAGGUACUACAAAGCUGGCUUUUCAGUCACUCUCAUGGUCCUGGUCUUCAAGAUUAGCAUCGUCAGCCAUUACCAUCAGCCACUAUCAGCCACCAUCAUCGACAGUCCUCAUGAUUUGCGUGUCUACACAAGUCAGCGGCGUUUGGAAGAUACAAGAAACGAAAUACUUUAAUGACAAGCACAACCUACACAUAUGCCACACAAAGCUUUAUUGCCUUUCACACGGCCGCUGUGCCGUUCAACGCAUCAGAAGAAUGCCCCAUCUGCCGAGAGACGUACGAUCCCCAGAACGAAGAAUGUGUGCGCAUUACUGGUAUCUCUGGAUGCUCGCACACAUUUGGUGUCGAUUGUCUGAAGUUAUUCUUGGAAUCCAACCCAGAAGCACCAAAGAUGUGUCCCAUAUGCCGCACACUAUGGCUCCCCGGCGAACGAGACGAGAACCGCACCCACCUCACAUACGAAGAGAUGGCCGACCAUAUCAACCGCCAGAUUAUCAACCGCGAGGCGAUAGAUCUCCGGGCAUCAGCGGUACUACAACAGGAGCGAGAUGUGGCACGGCUAGUACGCGGUGUCUGGAGGCGCGAACAGGCAAUGAAAGCCCGGAAUACUGCACUCGCGGCGCGCGAAAAGGCGAUGGCUGCUCGCGAAGCUUGGUUACAGGCGCAAGAGAAGAGGAUACAGUACCUUGCCGGUCUCUUUGUAGGUCAGUACGAUGAAGUCGCGCGUAUUUUGGAAAAAGAAAUAGCUGGGAUGCAGGCAGCACAUGUAUCAAGUUCGAGAGCAAACUACAGUCUGCUUAAUUAG